ACUUAUAUAUAUUCAUUCAGAAAGAAAAACAACAAGUUCCUCAUAGCCCGACAUGUUUCUUAAAAGGCAUUAUAAAACUUCACACAGAAACUACUCUUUUUUAUUAUUGAACUCAAAAAGUUGGGGAAAAUAAUGCUUUUUUUAAUGGCUAUACAUACAUAUAGUCCACACUUAUUAAAAACUCUUCACUGAAUGCGGAACAGUAAAGUCUUUAGCUGCAGCUUUUUCCACUACACAAAAUCUUCUUCUACUUAAAGCUGACAGAUUUACUCUCCCAUUCCUCCCAAAUCCCAACUCCAAACUUUUAUCCUUUCAUUUUCAAAAAUUCCACAAUCCUUUUCCUUUUCCCACUCUAUUUAUACACAGGUUAUUGAAUAAUCCAAGUGAAAAAAAUUAAGAAAAAUGUUGCACUAUGAAUGGGAAAAUCAAUCUACUUUCAUGUUUCCCGGCGAUCAAACUAACCAGGAAAAUGACCAAAAUAACAAUCAAUUUUUGGAGCCUCAAGUCUAUUUUUCACAUAUAACAAAUUACCAACACCAUCACCAAUACCAUGAACAACAACAAAUCCAAAAUCCGCAAUUUCCCCAAUUUCAAGCAACUCCAAAUAACACUAAUUUAAUCAGCUCCAUAUACGAUCCACGCGCUUAUGGCGUUUCGUACACGCAAACACACGAAACAUCCAUGCUUUCUCUACAACCAACUGGUUCGGCCGGUGGAUUUAUGGUAGUGCCGAAGAGUGAACCGCAAUUUGGAGGCGGAAUUCAUGAUUUUUCAAGUACCAGUAGUAGGAUUGGGUUGAAUUUGGGCGGGCGAACAUAUUUUGCUUCGUCAUCAGAAGAUGAUUUUGUGAACCGGCUUUACCGGCGGACUCGAACGGUUGAAGCCGGUUCAGUCAACUCGCCCAAGUGUCAAGCUGAGGGAUGCAAUGCCGAUCUCACUCAUGCAAAGCACUACCACCGACGGCACAAAGUGUGUGAGUUUCACUCCAAAGCCUCCACCGUCAUCGCCGCCGGUUUGACUCAGCGGUUCUGCCAACAAUGCAGCAGGUUCCAUGUUCUGUCGGAAUUUGAUAACGGGAAAAGAAGUUGCCGGAAACGGUUGGCAGAUCACAACCGGAGAAGAAGGAAGAAUAUGCAACAAGAAAAUAACAAGCAGCAGCCUCAACCUUCAAAGUCUCCAGGUGAAUCAGGAGCACCUUCAUCAACAGUGACAGUGGCUAUAUCACCACCAAGAAUUUCAAUGGAUUCUUUUAGGCAAAGAACAUACCAUGGCCAGCAAGCUGCAAUAACAACUAAUUCCUCACCAAACUUCUUCUCCAAUGGGUGACUAAAAUAUUUUUAUUUUCAAUAAUUAAUUAAUUAUGAUAAUUUAAUUUCAAGCUUGCUUUAAUGGCCACAACAAUCUAGUAUAUGAUAGUACUACUAAUUAAUUACAGAGGGAAGUUAAUUUAGAUAUGAAAUUAUAUUGAUUAAUGAUGUAAUGGAGGAUUAGGUUUAUGUUAACCCUUUCUAGCUAGUGUGUUAUACCCUCUGUUUCAAUUUAUUUGUCUUAUUUUUAUGUUUUUUAAAAAUAU